AUGGUAAUCAGUACCAGGGUCCUUCGGUUCGCCGAUGGAUCUAGUACAUGUAUUGGAUUUGGUCGGAUGGAGAGCAAAGAUGCUUGUGAAUAUAUUGUUAACGUACGUUUUCGGUUUUAUGAUCUUUUUGGCUGCUUUUAGGUGUAACAUAUUGUUAGAAAUGUCUUUGAAGAUUAUGUUUGUAGCUUUGUUUUCAGAAGUUAAUCAACAUGCAGUUUGCUUUUUAAAAAAUUCUUGUUUGCUUAGUAUUAUGUCGAAACGGCAUGUUUUUAGAAUUAUCAUGGUACGCCUCUAGAACGCUACACAGAGAAUCUUGUUGUGAAGUUGACUGAUUCUGGCACUCGCCGUAAGCAGGAGAGCAGUAAUCUCUAAAGCUCUGUUAUGGGAGAUCAGGUACUGUUUGAGACUGUAAAAACUAUUUUAUUUGAUUAAUGUUCAUUUGCUUUAUGGGUAUACAACUUUAACUUGUAAUUUUCAGCCUGAAAUCGGUCACUGGCAGCCAACCUUACCGUACAACUCGUUCGGCGAAGAAGAACAAACUUUCUACUCAUUCAACGGCUUAACUGGCGUAACCUACAGUCCACAAGGAUCACUUCUUUCUCUUUACCAGGUAUUUGACCAAUCUUCCGGUAAUUAUAUAUGUACCAUAUUCCCACUCUUCCAGAUGGGCGGCGUGUAUCAUCAAGGCGCCGUUACCUCAAUGAAUCAACCGGACACGUCUUCUCGUAUCUCACUCAGGUCAACAAGUCGUAUACUCACCCCCUCAGAAUGUGGACUACUAAAACAAGAACCAAGCCCGGUGCCGGCCUGGAACAAGAAGUGGCCGCUCUCAACAUUAACCAGGGCAGGGUCCGUUGGGGAUUUAAAAGUUAUUUAUUAUGCAGAAGUUUUGUUAUAA